AUGAAGAGGCAGGCGAAAAAUCAAGAUGGGCCACAUUCUAAAAAGCACCACAAAGAAGCAAUGGACAGUGGGCGCCUUCAGGGGGCUCAUGAAACCAUUGAUAACCUUGAAGAGCAGGUAGAGAAAAAAUCUACCAUCAUUCGCCAACUGCGAAAACAAAAUGAAGAAAAAGACAGGGAGAUGGCUCAACUCAGAAGACUGAACAUGGAGCUUCAGGACAAGGUUAUUUCUGCACUGGAAGACAUGAAAGGCUGCAGAAUUAUGAAAAGGAUCAUGGAUGGCAGCCAGUCGAGCCCCUCCGUGUCUGAGGAUCUACAAGACACCUUGACAGAGCGAGCCCUUCGCCCAGGUUCAUCCAAUCCGCAACCGAAUGACAGUGAAACAAUGGUGGACAUUGGACGAGGGCUUAUGGUCAAGAAAGGUGCAUGGGAACAUGUGCAGUCCCAUCAUAAGGAUUCCUUAUUUGUCAAGGACCUGCUAGUCACCAUCUGGUCGAAAGACAACCUUAAGGAGCGCUCCCUGCAUGGAAAACAUUGUCCACGGUACCCUAACCGUCCACGCAAGGCUCCCCUAACACCGUGGAAGUUGGACGUAAUGCGUGACUGCUACAGAGCACGUCUGGAGCAUCAAGGCGUGCCUGCAGGAGUACUGCCGUUGGCAGUCAAACAGAUGAACCACUUCAUUGUUGAGAAGCUUUCAGAUAUUGAGAAGCUUGCCAAGCGGGCGAAGGACAACCAGGGCGUUGCGGAAGUUUAACAGAGGAGGACCAUUGGUGCAUUUUCUAAAUAGUGUAAAUAUUAUGGAAUGUGUGAAUAAAUUUUCAUUCUUUCAUAUUUUU